AUGAAGAAUUCAGUGUUUCUUGCUUUGUUUCUCCGUCCGUUGCGUAAAAACGGAAUAAGCAAUACUCAAAGUAAAAUCAUCCGCUUCAGAUAUCUUUUAAGCAAAAUGUAAUCGUGUUACGUGCUAAACAUCUGUCGAAAUUCUGUCGAGAUCAUGCUUGACUGUUUUGAGUCUCACAUACAUGACAAUUGGUGAAUAAAUUGCAUAGCAAUUUUAUUACAGAAAAACUUCGAUAUUGGUACAUUUCGAAGAUGGACUUUACAACGAUCACGGAUGCUUUUUAGCGUGAGUAUAGCAGCACGGCGAUGUGAGAAUGAUUUUAUGCAGCGAUAUUAAAAAUCGACAUGUUUUUCGAUUUAUUUUCAUUUUUCAAUAGAUAUUUUGUUUCAAUGAAAAUUUUAUUUUCUAAAUAACUUAUAUUUUCCAUUAGAAACGUAAACGCCAAGUCCCUAGUGACUCUUGCCUUCGGUCAUGCACUUUGAAAGUUGUACAUAAUUACUUUUAAAUUAAUUUAUCAUUAUUAUUAUUCACGUAAUCUGAUUUGUCCGUGACGAUAAUUAGAACUUGUUGAAAAAUUGUUGAAAUUGAUAAACUAUUUGCAAUGGAGAAAGGAUAGUUGAUAAUUUAUGCAAACUUCUCCCUCGAAUACAUCUAAUAAUACAAAUGCGAUAAAAUUAAUCAAUUGGAAACGUAGAUAUGAUUGCCAUACAUUCUGGUAUUGGAUUGUGUCUCCGGAUUCGUCAGCUAGUGGCGACCAUCGUUCCUCCGUGCAGUAUCAACAUGUUCGUCAAAAAGUUUGUUACUCGCCCCAUCUUCAUUCCUAAAUCUCAGGAUUUGGCAAGGUUUGCUGUGCCUGUUCUGUUGCUUGCAGUCAUGGCACUUUUACUAAUGUCGUCCUACGUGUGUUUGGGCACGAAAGCUUAUAAAAAGAUGAAGAACAACUUUUCCAUUGAAAAUGCACAGAGCAGUGCGAACAAAAUUUCAUCGAAGUUUCGACAAACUUUGGGUGGCAUCAUUGGACGCAGAACCGCCAAGUAUUGUCAAAUUCAAACGUGCGAUGCAAUAAGCUGCUCGAAUAUCCCGGACGAUUCUGGAACAACAGUGUCAGACUUCAUCGAGAACAAAUUCAAGGUUGACUGCGAGCGCGCAAAAUCCGUGAAACUGUCACUCGACGGCUGCAAAUUCGCCGAGAACACGCUCCGAAGGAAUUGGCUGAGCACCAAUUUGUCGAUCGAGGAGUUAACGUUCACGAGCUGCUCCCUCGGCGAAAUAGACGACGACGCGUUCUCGUUGCCCAUUUACAAACGGACGAGAACAAUCACCAUGGUCAAAAACAGGCUGACCACUUUGCGCAAGGCGACGUUCCGUCACCUUGAGGCGUUGCAGGCGCUGAAUAUUCGCGAGAAUGUCAUCGAGUCGGCUGAAUUUAAUUUGCUCGAAGAGGUGGCGGGUUCCUUGACCACGCUGGACCUGACCCAAGCGAUCAACGAUCGAGAGGUGCUACGAAACAUAACUGGCGGGACAGCGUUGUUGUCAAGCGUGGAAAUAUUGUGCUUGUCGGGAAACGAUCUAUUCGCGAUCGAUGCCGAAUUAUUCGUCGGUGUGCCAAAGGUGAAAUCACUUUAUCUGGACCACUCGAAUAUCAAGACAGUAUCGCCAGAUACUUUGACACCGAUGGCCUCGUCUAUAGAACAGCUGAUGCUGUACGACAACGAUAUCACCUGGUUACCAGAGGGAUUGCUAGACUCUGUGAAUAAAAUCUUUCGUAUGUUUGUACGCAAUAAUUCCUGGCACUGCGACUGCAAGCUGAAAUGGUUAAAGGAUUUCGUGGGAAUUCAACCGAACGCGGAAUAUCUAAUUUGCAAGACUCCGAAGGAGAACGCUAACAAGUCAUUCACUCAAGCGGAUUUCUGUCCUCGAUCAACCACUACCUUUGAAUCUACUGAACAUUGGACCACCAGUACUCAACAAAUCCAAUCCCCCGAGCAGACCACGCCUGAAACGUUCCCUGCAACCGGCGGAAUGAUACACGUGAUCUGCAAUCUCGCCGAGCCAUACCUGCAGACUUUCAAUACGCGUAAAUUGUUGUCCACGGGUCUUCAGUUUGCCUCGCGAUUCCCUGAUUUCUACGUAUCGGAGAUCCUAGACCACAGUAUACAAGUGAGCCUGCCCGACUUCAGUGAAGGGGUUACGCUGCUCUGGUUCGACAACGAGAACAUCGUCGACUCGCUCGGCUGUGCGAAAAACGUGAGGCACUCUUAUCAGUUGCGGGAUAUCGAUCAGCAGGCGACGUACACGAUCUGUUUGCUCGACGAUAACGGAGAGACGGUGUCCCCGUUGAAUUGUCUGGCCGUGACUACCAAGUCGACUUACGAGUCCGGCACCUGGUUAACGAACGCGGACAAGAGCCUGGUGUUCCUCGUGAUGACGUUGUCGUUGAUCGUGCUGUUCCUCGUCGGUGGUGUCCUCUCGUUCCUGUUGAUAAGGCGACACCCGACGUUGCUUCGCGGCAGCAAACGGGUGAUGUUCGUGAAACGCAGGAACGUGGACGUGAUCGUGCUCCCGAAGGGCGUCGACAUAGACGAGGAAAAGCAGAGGGAUGGAAAGUCUCACGAGGAUGACUACGUCACACCGCUGCCUCCGAAGAGAAUGCUGGUGUCUGGGACGUCCAGACUGUCCAGAAGGAGCUCCCAAAGCGACAGAAACAGCUACAUAUCGCAGAUGGAGACAACAGAGUCUCAGCUAGCUUUUUGGGGACUGGCGAGGCUGAAGAGCGAGCAGGAGAAACUAAAAUUGAUCGCUCCUCCGUUACCCCCGCAUCCUUGCGACUCGAUUCCCUCGAUCUCGCAAACGAUAGACGCGAAGAACGAUCGCGUUUACGAAGCUGAUGCCUAUUAG